UCUGCUCAACGUCGACUCGGUCGACGUGCAGGAUUCAUCAUGGGGGACCAUUCAGACCCUGAUACAAUACUGUCGGCCAUAUUCCACGGCCUUCAAAGCAGCAACCCAGAGACUCGCGCUAAAAGCGCGUAUGACCUUCGCAACCAGGUGUUGAGUGCAGUGACAGAAUCAUCCCCAGACGUUGCUGGUGCCGUCUGGGACACGGUUAAUCAGGGUCUAUUUGACCUAAUGCACCGUCAGAAUACAGAAGGGAAGCUGGGUGGAUUGUUAGCCAUGAACUACCUUCUUGAGAUAGAGGGUGAAGAAACGCUCGACUCCCGACGCAACUUGUACCGCUUCUACAAUUAUGUCAAGCACCUUCUACCAGACCCAGACGUUAACUUGAUGUUACUGGCGUCUCAAACUCUUGGAAAAAUCGUAUUUGCAGCUUCCAAGACCGCCACCAGUCAUGUGCCUUCGGCGGGAGGUGCAUUCAACGAGUCCUUCAUGGACCAUCAAGUGCCUGCUGCUAUCAAUCUUAUUCAGCAACAAGACUCUCCUCGUUAUGCCGGUGUCCUUAUCCUCAAGGAGCUUGCUAUAAACAGUCCCACAUACUUCUAUGCUCACAUUGGUAUGGUCUUCGAAAACAUCCUGGCACCCUUGCGCGACCAGCGGCUUGUAGUCCGAGAAGCGGCAGCAGAGUUACUUUCAGCCUGCCUUGAAAUCGUCAUUGAUCGCGAGCGCACAAGUCCUUACCUCUACCAAGUCCUCAAGGAUGCCGAAGACGGAUGUCUCAUAGGACAGCCCGAAGUUGUUCAUGCCUCGCUUUUGGCUUAUCGCGCGUUGUUCAUCCACGGAGGCAUGUUCAUGAGAGAUGUUUUCACAACGGCUGUGGAAAAAAUCCUCCACUUUCGCGCCGACAGAGACCCACUCAUUCGCAAGCUGGUUCUGACCAUCAUCCCAUCGCUCGCAUCUUAUGACACACAAACCUUCAGCGACCUUUACCUUAAAAAGACGAUGGCCCAUUUGUUGGAUGUGUUGGAUAGACCUGUUGACCGGGCUAAUGCUUUUAUCGCGAUUGGUCAUACCGCGGGCGUUGUGAAAAGUGAAAUGAAGCCCUUCUUGGAUAAUACGAUGGAUCGUAUCAUGCAAGGUUUGCAAGCGCCGAAGAAGCGGUUUGGAGACACCUACACUCCAAUUUUCCAUUGUAUCGCCAUGUUGGCGGCUGCGGUUGGCCCCGCCCUAAAUAAAUGGCUCCCGGAUGUGCUCGAGUUGAUGUUCAAAUGUGGAUUGAGCGAAAGUCUGAAGGAUGCAUUGGUCGCUGUGUCCACCAACAUUCCGCCUUUCUUGAAGUUCAUUCAAGACCGUCUGCUAGAUCUUCUUUCCGUGAUUCUGAGUGGAAAACAUUAUAAACCUGUUGGUGCACCUCUUCCAGCGCGCAAGUCGGAAAGUCUUGAGCAACCGCUCACUGCAACAGAGACCUCUAAUGACAAGGAUCCUCGACAAAUACGACUGGCGCUCAGUACUUUGGGCACAUUCGAUUUCAGCGGCCACAUUUUGAACGAGUUCGUUCGCAGCUGCGCGCUGCCUUACCUCGAAGAAGACAACGCAGAUAUUCGACGGGAAGCCGCUAUCACAUGCUGUCGUCUUUUCGUUCGGGAUCCCAUCUUUUAUUCGUCGAGCAGCCAUGCUACUCAAGUUAUCAGUGAUGUGUUGAACAAGCUUCUCACUGUGGCAAUUGCCGAUCCAGAUGCCUCUAUACGGAAAGUGGUAUUACUGUCACUUCACCAGGGAUUCGAUAAGCAUUUGGCUCAAGCGGAGAACGUCCGCUGUCUUUUCAUCGCCCUGAACGACGAAGUUUAUGAAAACCGUUCUGCCGCUGUUCGUCUCAUCGGCCGAAUGGCAAAGAAUAAUCCGGCUUAUGUGGUCCCUUCUCUGCGUAAAACAUUGAUUCAACUCUUGACUGAGUUGGAAUACGCGACGGCCAAGCGGAACCGGGAGGACUGUGCUGCUCUUCUGACCAUGCUCGUCAACGUCACCCACAAUUUCAUGAAGCCAUAUGCGUUACCCAUCCUGGCAACCUUAAUGUUGAAGGCCAACGACAGUAACCCGACCGUUGCCGCGAGUAUAACUAUGUGUCUGGGCGAGCUAGCCGUUGUUGCGGGCGAGGAAGCACUACCCUACGUGCCACAACUUAUGGAGGUCAUCAUUGCACAACUCGGUGACCCGUCUCUCAUCAAGCGUGAUGCUGCUCUACACACUUUGGGUCAAGUAUGCGCCAGCACGGGUUAUGUCAUUGAUCCUCUCCUCGAGCAUCCGGAACUAUUACAAUUGCUUAACCGGAUUCUGCGCAGUGAGACAACGAGCGGUAUGGUUCAGCGCGAAGUCCUCAAGGUAUUGGGAACUAUUGGUGCAUUAGAUCCAUACGCGCGACAGAACCGAUCGUCAGAAAAUUCAUCGGAGAUAGCCAUGACUGCGGUGAACUUGGUGACGCCUAGUCUGUCUCCAUCCUCGGACGAUUACUUCCAAACCGUUGUGAUGAACGCGCUGCUUGAAAUUCUCAAAGACCCUUCUCUCAACACCCACCAUCACACUGCCAUUGAAGCCAUCAUGUCGAUAUUCAAAACACAGGGCCUUAAAUGUGUUGCUUUCCUACCUAGAGUCAUUCCCGCAUUCGCCGCCGUAACCCGCAGCUCUCCGGCGCGUUUACAGGAGUUUCAUCUUCAGCAACUAGCAAUUCUCGUUGGCAUCGUCAAACAACAUGUUCGCAACCACACUGUAACCGUGUUUGGGCUGGUGAAAGAACUUUGGGACAUAGCUUCCCUUCAAUUACCACUUGUGUCGCUCAUCGAGGCACUCGGGAACGCGUUGGCGGCGGAUUUCAAGCCCCUGUUGCCCACAGUGAUUCCUCUCUUCAUGCGCGCGUUUGAGAAUGAGACAGCCCCGAAGCGCUCACAAACACUGAUCAAAAUUUUUGAUGCUCUUCAGACUUUUGGGUCGAUUUUAGAGGAAUACCUCUAUCUUGUGAUCCCUGUCGUUGUCAAAACUUACGAGCGAACGGAUGGUUCGACGAUAUUGAGAAGACAAGCAAUCCACACUAUCAAUAGGCUGACGAGACAUGUUAAUUUCUCUGAUCAUGCUUCCCGCAUCAUCCACCCGUUGAUUCGUGUUUUUAACACGGCAAACAACGAGCUACGCAUGGCCGUAAUGGAGACAUUAUGCUCCUUGGUUAUUCAACUCGGUUCGGAUUUCGCUAUCUUCGUUCCCAUGAUCAACCAAAGUCUUAUUCGGACGAAAAUGAACCACCCCCGCUACGAGUCUUUGAUCACGAAACUCCUCAAUGGCGAGCGACUGCAGGAAGAUAACAUUCUAGAGUCCAUCCUGAAAGAAAAUGUGCGACUCCCAGAAUUUUCUGCGCCAGCUGAAGCAAACAAACUUGUCAUUAACCAAACGCAUCUUCGCCAAGCUUGGGAUGUUUCUCGAGUGUUCUCGGCUUCCGAUUGGACAGAAUGGAUGCGUCGGGUGAGAUUAGAAUUCAUGAAAGAGUCUCCGUCGCACGCUCUACGCGCCUGUAUGAGCUUAGUUGAUGCCCACCCACCUCUAGCAAAGGAGCUUUUUAAUGCGGCCUUCUUGUCAUGUUGGACAGAGCUUUAUGAUCAAACCCAAGAUGAACUUAUUAAUGCCCUCGAAAUGGCUCUAGAGUCGCGAGCUGCGCCCACCGAAAUUAUUCACUCCAUCCUCGAUCUUGCGGAAUUCAUGGAACACCAGGACAAGCCCCUGCCUAUCGACAACGUAACUUUGGGCGACCAUGCCGUGCGCCAUGAGGCUUAUGCGAAGGCGCUACACUACAAAGAGCAGCAGUACCUCAAUGAGGAGUCUGCCCCUCUCCUAGAGUCUCUGAUAUCGAUCAACACCAGACUACUACUACACGACGCUGCGAGUGGACUUGUGGAUGUUGCCCACAACAAGUAUGACAUACAAGAGAACGAAGAGUGGUACGAGAAGCUGGGUCAAUGGCAAAAUGCUCUCGACUCAUACAACAAGAACGCAGGAGAUCACCCUUCGAUAGAGUCGGAAAUCGGCCGUAUGAAGUGUCUUCAUGCUCUCGGCGAAUGGGACGAGCUCUCUAGUCAUGUCAAUCGGUGUUGGGAUGUUGCGAGUGCUCAGCACAAAAUAGCGAUUGCUCCAAUGGCAGCAGCCGCUGCGUGGUCUCGCGCUGACUGGGAUGCGAUGGAUUCCUAUAUCAAUACCAUGAAAUCUGACUCGCCAGACCGUCAUUUCUUCAAAGCCAUCCUGUUCGUGCACCAGAAUAACUUCCCCCGAGCUUGGCAGCACAUCGCAAGGACACGAGAUCUUCUCCACCCCCAACUGACCGCAUUUGUUGGCGACGGAUAUGGAAGAUCCUAUAACAUCAUGGUCCGCGCGCAGCUUCUUUCCGAACUUGAAGAAAUAAUCCAGUACAAAAAAGCAGCUGAUUCACCCAGCCUUCAGAGCUCAAUGCGACGCAUGUGGAUGAAAAGGCACGCGAUGUUGAAGGGAUGCACGCCUGAUGUUGAUGUCUGGCAGCGUAUUUUACAAGUGCGGACGCUCGUCGUCAAUCCAGAGUCCGAACCUGACAUGUGGAUUAAAUUCGCUAACCUGUGCCGUUCCACAAAUCGCAUGGCCUUGGCAGAGAAAGCAAUAGAUUCACUUCACCCAUUCAAUACGACUGGACAUAAUAUCAAUGUCCCUCCAGCAGUUGUCUAUGCCCAACUAAAAGUUAUGUGGGCCAAUGGUGAUCGAGAGAAUACUAUUGGCUUCCUCCGAAAAUUUAUAGGCCAUCUCACUCAAGACCUCGAGCUGGAAAACAAGGGCAGCGAGACUGACCCCCGAGUUGCAACGGCAAAACAACCGCGAGUCACCGCUGUAUCCAGGCUGCUGGCGCGUUGUCAUUAUAAACAUGGAGAGUGGCAAGCGGAAUUACGACCAGGAUGGGUGUCUCAGCAACAAUACUACGAUGAUCUCUUGAACUCCUAUCGACAUGCCACACACUACGACGGCCAAUGGUACAAAGCCUGGCAUACAUGGGCUCUUGCCAACUUCGAUGUCAUAAGCCACCGUCAAGACCGUCAAGAUCGCACUAAUGAACUACCAUCAAAGGAUCUCGCUGCCCAUGCCGUUCAAGCAAUCACUGGUUUCUUCCGGUCGAUUUCGCUUCGGAAUUCGCAGGCACUGCAAGACACACUUCGAUUGCUGACUCUGUGGUUUGAAUUUGGUGCACACCAGGAUGUCAGUUUGGCGGUGAACAAAGGUUUUUCGGAAGUUGGGAUUGACACUUGGCUGGAAGUCAUCCCACAGGCGAGUUGUGCUUACCAUAUCCUCAUUCUGCUUACCACACCCCAGAUCAUCGCCAGAAUUCAGACUCCCCAUACCAAUGUGCGACAAGACAUACACCGAAUCUUACUUGCUGUUGGGAGCAACCACCCCCAAGCACUGGUCUAUCCCCUUGUUGUGGCGUCGCAGUCGUCAAGCAAAUCGCGCCAAAACGCAGCAAACGAUAUUUUGAAUGCCAUGAGGCAACAUAGCGCUGCUAUUGUCGACCAAGCGGAAUAUGUCAGCUCCGAGUUGAUCCGAGUUGCGAUAUUGUGGCACGAACGUUGGCACGAAGGACUUGAGGAAGCAUCCAGACUAUACUUCACUGAGAAGAAUGCAGAUGGGAUGAUCGCGGUUCUACAGCCUUUGCAUGACCUCCUGGAGAAAGGUCCAGAAACUGCUCGCGAAACUUCGUUUACUCAAGUUUUCGGGCGGGAGUUGCGAGAGGCCCGGGAGGCAUGUCGUCGAUACCGCACGUACGGCGAUUCAUCCGAACUGGAUAAAGCCUGGGAUAUAUAUUAUGCGGUGUUCAAAAAAGUUGAGAAACAACUACCACAACUCUCGACAUUGGACUUGCAAUAUGUAUCGCCUUGGCUGCUAGAAGCCCGCGAUUUGGAGCUAGCUGUUCCUGGAACUUAUCGCAGUGGUCACCCAGUCAUCUCUAUUCAACGCUUCAGUCCAAAAUUGACUGUCAUUGCAUCUAAACAGCGGCCCCGACGGUUGUGCUUAACUGGUAGUGAUGGGCGGGAUUAUCAAUACGUUCUCAAAGGCCAUGAAGAUCUUCGCCAAGAUGAGCGGGUCAUGCAACUAUUUAGUCUCGUCAAUACGUUACUAUCGGUUGACACGAAGAGUUUCCAGCGAAGGCUACACAUUCAACGAUAUCCUGUUAUUCCCUUGGCCCCGAAUGCUGGACUCUUGGGCUGGGUUCAAGACAAUGACACGCUCCACGUGCUUGUUCGGGACUACCGGGAAUCCCGCAAGGUUGUCCUCAACAUUGAAUACCGCAUGAUGAUCCAGAUGGCUCCUGACUACGAGAACUUGCCAUUACUGCAGAAAAUCGAGGUCUUCGAGUAUGCUAUGGAAAACACAACUGGUCAAGACCUUUAUCGAAUUUUGUGGCUCAAGAGUAACAACUCGGAGCAUUGGCUCGACCGGCGCGCAACCUUUACUAGGUCUCUUGCAGUCAGCAGUAUGACUGGGCAUAUCCUCGGUCUCGGUGAUCGUCAUCCGUCAAAUCUCUUGAUCGAGCGGAAAACUGGCAAAGUUAUUCAGAUAGAUUUCGGUGACUGUUUCGAAAUUGCCAUGCAUCGGGAGAAAUUCCCGGAAAAAAUUCCGUUCCGGUUGACAAGAAUGUUGACACAUGCUAUGGAGGUCAGUGGCAUCGAAGGCAGCUUCAGAAUCUCCAGCGAAAUUACGAUGGCAGUUCUUCGUGACAACAAAGAGUCUCUGAUGGCUGUGUUGGAGGCUUUCAUUUACGACCCAUUGGUUAAUUGGAGAUUAACACAACCUAGUCCGGAUAUGCGGCGAACGGGAUCGGAAUCAAGAAGAGUUAGCGAGCUCGCUCGUGUUGCUGUCCACCCACAAGGGCCGACACGGAAGUUGAAAGCCGAUGAAAAUCUUAUCUUUAGCGACGCAGCAGGCAACCCUAUUGCUCGGGAGGUCACUAACAGCAAAGCCCUGUCAGUCUACCAUCGAGUGCAAAACAAGCUCACUGGGCGGGAUUUUGACCCACACACAAUCUUGACUGUGAAGCAACAGGUGGACAGACUGAUUCAACAAGCCACAGCCAUGGAGAAUUUGUGUCAAUGUUUCUCGGGUUGGUGCGCGUUCUGGUGA